CUGGAACUACAGAUGGUGAUAUUUUCAGAAUUGAUUUAAAGCUGGUUGCAGUAUGUCGCAUUUUUGCAUCAUCUGAAAAGGGGAUUUGUCAUUUUUUUGUUACCUAAGGAAAAAAACCAACCACACAGUAAAUGAAAUGGCAUUUAGUUUCAUUUGUAAUACUUGAAGUUCUGCUCUGAUGGUUUCUUUUUUUGAGCUGAUACAUAUAGCAAUUUAUUCCAAAAUUUGCAAAGUUAAAAUAAAAUCAACAAAGCUGAUAAUUGUAGUUGUAUUGCAGAAAGAAUGGGGACUACCUGUAUGCCAAAGAGAGCUUUUUAACUACCUGGGCCACCCUUAAAGUCAUUCUUAAAAAUAAUAAUAAUAAUAAUACCUUGAUACUUAAAGUAAACAAACAAGAGGCAAUGAAAAGCAUUAUUUUACAGGUUGGCAUUUGAUAUGAAGUCUAAUUUUCCAUCUGUUUGUCAGUAACAAGUUUGUAAGCCUGUCACUUUGCUUUUUAUUCCCCUAAAGUCUGAUAUAUCUCCUUCAGAUCUUGACAGAAUGAACAAAGCUAAUUUGUUGUCUGUGCAUAAAAUUAACAUUUGAGAAGCCUUUUUGAUCAAGUUGAUGAAGUUUAGUUCAAUGCAUUGAUGAGUGUGCUGAUAAGAAAAAGGUUUUGUUUCUUUAUACUGAGGAAAAAGUGCAGCCAUUUAUAGACCUUUAAUGCCCUGAGCUACUGAAAAUGGUUUUGAAAGCAGUUAUGGUGUGUGUACAGUAAUUGUGCUGCUGUUUCAAGUCACCAAGCCAGUAGAAAACUGUUAACUACAGAAGAGACUGAGGUCAAUGCUUUUUACAUGGUGAAUGGUAAUUGCUUAAUUUUCAGGUUUGGUUCUCUACAUCUCUUUUCUAGGGGGACAUAAUCAAACUAGCCUUUAUGAGCACUUAGCACUGCACCACAAGUGGUUUUAAAUCUUCCAUCACCGUACCUUUAGGGGAGCUGUGUUUCUGUCACCAAAGCUAUGUGCUGGUCUUACAUACCUCUGGAAAAGUGUACCAUUGAGUGACAGUUGAAAAGCAGAUUCAUUUUUGAUGUUAAAGUAAAAUAGUUUUUCUAUCUUUUCCUAGAGCUAGAGCUACAAGCUAGUAUUCAUAGUAAAAUACUUGAAGUGUCUCCAAGUUUAUUUGACAAACCUAUUACAAAUACAUAUUUUUUAUUUAUGGAAGAAUGUAUUCAAAACUUCUAAUUGGGACAUUUUAAGAUAAAAUAAUAAGUAUACAUUUAAUCUUAUUAUAAGCAUUACAUUUUUUUUUAAUAAAUGUAUGUAUUUAGAAAAUUCUGUAACUUUUUCUGAAGUCUGCCCACCACUUCAAUUCUUUAGUUAUGUCUAAGCAUGGAACUGCUUCAAAUAUGUGCUCAUGGCAUUAUAGCCUAGAAACCAGAGUCAAGGCUGUGACAUUUAGACUGUAAGUUGUUGUAAGAUUUAGGGUAUCGUUCUAUGUUCUUACAUACAUGCAGGUUUUGCAAGUCAAUCUCUCAGAAAAGAUCUUUUAAACAUGAUUUCUCUGCGGUUCUUGAUGGGCUGUGGUCUAAAAUCUCUUGGAAAUGUGUAGUAUGAGAGCUAAUUUUGGGAAUGGUACACAAAAGCUUGUUACUUCGCAGUACAUUAUUCCAAUUGCUCCUUCCAUAUAGAGUUAUCCUUGAUUUGCUCUAUCCUUCUGCUGUAGCGCAAAAGCAGAAGUUUGCAGUAAUAGUAGGCACUGCAGAUGAUGUAGUGAAGAUCUGUCUGUCCUGUAGGCUGUUGCUUUAUUGAAGUUUUUCAUGCUCAUUGAACUACCAGUGGAGACUUCGUUUUCCUCCAAAUUCUCAAAUUACUUCAAGGCUUAUAUUAAAUGUUUAGAUGUGUAUCUUUUUUAAAUGUUAAAAGCACUACUCUGGGAUCAACUCGGGCUUCUCUAUUUUCCAUUCGUGUUACUCUAAGUGUGAAAACAGUAAAAGAGACCAGUACCUGACAACUGAAAUAUUUUACAGAAUUCUGCAAAAGCAGACAUGAAAUACAUAACGAGUGCCAGACCAAAACUGAAAUGUGGAAUUCCUCACUGUGACUUGAAACUUGUAUCUUUCUAAAGCAAAACAAACAAACAACAAAAAAAACCCACCACCACCACAAAACAACAAAACCCACAACUGUGUGCCUUAAACCAGUAAAUGAAUACACAAUAACUGUAGCCUGUGGUCUUGUGUAGCCUUAUUUUUCUUUUUUGAAAUCAAAGGUAAAUAUGUGAAUCAUACUGAUAAUUGGUUCGGGGAAAAACAUUUUUUACUUUUUUUUUUUUAAACUACAUUUACAGGCAUUAAGAUUUAUGAGAAGUGCAGUGUACUUACAGUUUGGAAUCACACCACCCAAAGACAGGAAACUUCAGCUGAACUUAAUUUCUCAUUUCUUUCUAUAAUGGCAAAGAAAAUGAAAGAAGAAAAAUUAGUGUCAGGUGUGUCUCAUCUUCUAAAUCUUUGUGUCAGAAUUUUUCGAAUUUAGUUUAUUUUCUUCAAAACUGUAGCUCAAGCAAAAUACUUUAUUUUACUCAUUAAGUAUCAACAUCUACUCGAAGUGGUUUGGGUAGAGUUGAGAGGCAGAGAUGCAUUUGUUUGCAAGCUUUCAGACAUUUGAGUAAAGAAUUUCAUGUUUUAGGAAAAAUGUAUAAGUUUGAAAAAAUAAGUUCUGCUCUUAAAUCAUCAGAAAGAAAUAUUCAAGCUCUUAAAAUUCUGCUUUAAUGUAGUAAAAAAUGAAAUAAAAUUCUUAAUGUUUAGCAUGAAGAACUGAGGGCAAGCCACUUCUAUAGGAUUGUUUGUAUAUUUUGAACAAAAUCAACAUUUUUUUUUUUUUUUUCCCCAGCAAUAGUACUAAGUAAAACUUGUUCUUGAAUAAAGAUGUCAUAUCUGGCAGAUAUCAAUGGACUGUGGACAUUGAGAUGUGCACAGAAAAUGAUUUCAUGUCAGCUCAUCACAGUAAUUAGUGGCAUUACAAAUCAGUUUAUAACUUUCUUUUAUUGAGAUAUAACAUGAAUCUGGCUGCCACAAUGUUGUUUUCAUUGUGGAAUAUCAGAAAACAUGGUUUUUCUUUUUUUUUUUUUUCCUCCAGCCCUACUGAUUCCUUGUAGUAUGUGAUUUCAGGACUGUUAGAACUUUUUCCAGUCACCUAUGUGUCUCUUAUUUGUUCUGUGCUGGUGUUGUUCCAAUCAUCCUAGUAAUGGUUGACUUCCUGGCUACAGGAAUACUAGUGUGAAAAUCAUUGAGAGGGCCAAGCUACUUUUAAGGCUUUUAUGUAUGAUGAUGAAUCUAGAAAAAAUGUAAACCUAGUAACUUAAUUCCUUUGUUGCCCUUUAAUUGUUUUUUUUCCAAGCACAAAGACAGAAUAAUGUUGGACAGAAUACUUAUUUUGGGUGAUGGGCAGCCAACUGGGGAUUGACUGGUUGUUUUUGUUAAGCAAGCUUAAAGCAUUGAAAAACCUUAGUUUUUGGAGAAAUCUUAUCAGUUACUAAGCAACCUAACUUUUUUUUUUCUUCUUCUUGUUUCGAGUUCUUAAAUAGCUGGUGUAAACGUAGUAUUUAAAGUGGAGCUAACUCUAACAGUUACAGAUGUCUAUAGUUGUUAACAUGGUCUUAUCAAUAAAUGUUUAAAUAACACUAUAAUAAAUUAUUGUGCUUAUUAAAAGAGUUAUAACUGAAUUCUCAGAUACAUCUGCUUUGUGUGAUAAGCUUGAGCCAAGUCUUUGUCCUGUGAGAUGCUGAGAAAAUCUUGGAAAAUAGGUAUCUUCAGCUAAUGUUUAAAUUAGUGAAAGCUGUUCAUGUGAGUUGUUCAAAACUAUGCUUUUAAAUACUGGUCCUUUUUCACUAAGGGCAACUUGAAUGAGAGCUACACCGGGACUUUCAUGUUUUGAUGGUUUCCGUGUCUGUUGUGUAUAAUUCAUAUUGUUUUAAUGUGUUUUUUUUUUUUUUACUAGUAGUGUGCAUGAUAUAAAAGUACACUGUAUAGUAUAAGCUUUGCUAAGUAAACACUUCUGUAUAUUUUUGUACGGUGUUUUAACAUGGUUGCAUUAGUACAAAUGGUGGUAAUUCACAAGAAGUGCCACUUACCAAUCAUACUCUGUGGAGUGUUGUGAAUGUUACCUGCACAUUUGUUGUACAAACACGCUAAUGAGUGUUGUGAUGAACAUUUGCCUUUAGUCUUUGCUCAGGUACUGAUGCGGAGCAGUUGGGUGCUUUACCUUUUAACUUGUAAUAUUUGGGACUCUAAGCAGAAAAUAAAAUCAGUGAACAAAAACAUUGGUGUUAGAGCAUUACUUUCCAUAACGGACUCUUUUUUUGCAUCUUAAGCAGAAUGCAGUAAAGAUCAUGCUUUAUGAAGCCUAUGAAGUCUCAAUAUCUUAACUUCUGCAUUUUACGCUUUUACAUCUGUUCUGCUAUCUUGAAUGGGAAAUAUAAUAGAAUGGAAAAAUAUUUGUUGAAUAACGUAGUUUACAUACGACAUCGCGUGUGUGAAACUUGUUCUGUGACUAGCCUAACCAGAUUUAAGUUUGCCUCUCAUUCUAGAACAAGGCUUUUACUGUUUUGAGAGAACUUGCGUGAGACUGAAUGUGCAACACAGUGAGCAUAGAAAGUAAUUCAAACAUACUCAAGUAUUACCAUGCCACAAUGACUACGUCAUUACUACAGCAACUUUCUAAGGACUUGAUUUACUGAAGAUAUGCUUCUACAUGGGCAAUUUGAGAAAAACCCAGUGCUUAAAUUUGAUCACAUUCAAAAAUGCAGAACACUGACAUGUGCCUUGGAAAGCACUUAUUAAAUGAGGUACUAUUCUCCGAGGAGGAAUCAAUGUAGUCCAAUUUGUGUAAGUGUACUUCUAGUGUAUUAAUAUGAUUUUAUACUAAUGUUUGACUUUGGAAGAACUGUAACAUAUUGGCAAAGAAAAAAAUGGCAGUAAGUUUUAACAGUCUUAGAUCAAAUAAUUUUUAGUGUAAAUGCUUUUAGCUUAGAAAGUAAUAAUACAAGUUUAUCGUAGUUUUUUUUUUUUAAAGUACUACUUACAGAAAAUACAUUCUAAUUGAAUUUGUUGAUUAUCUACGUGCUUUAUCAGUCAACCUAACUGUCUGAAUUCUGUUAGGGGAUACCAUAACAGUCCUAAAGCAAUAACACUUGUUGCAAAUUUACAGAUGUCCUCAACAUGUUUUACUGGUGCAUAUACUGCAUAUCCCCCACAGCUUUCUUUUGGAGUAAAUCAAAUGAAGGAAAAAAUUGAAGUAAAAAUAAAGUAAUGGCUGAAUAAAACUGCUGCUGUUCUGGCUUUUUGAUAUUUGUUUAUUUAAGUUAAAUAAAGAACUGAAAUGUAAGCCCAAACUGUAAACCAAGCUUUUUUUUUUUUUCUUUACUGUCAUUGCCUCUAGAGGAAAAAUACCUCUUCUUGUUGAUUUCACAAGUUUGUGAACACUCCUGGAGCUGGAAAGGAGGAUUGUGAGGAGAGGUGAUCACAUCACCAUUGGAGGUUUGAAAGGGUUUGAGCAAACAGCACCGACCAAUCUGUUUUAUAGCUAUUCUGUCUGACAGCAAAUUGUAACAGCCUGCUGAAACUCUGUUCCAACAGCACAGAGGGAUGUCUGCUAUUGCAGUGGUCAUGGUGUGAAGCAAAGAUAUCAGAACUAAGAUAGGAAGUCCCAGGGGGAGAAUAUAAAUAUUUAUAAAGGUGACGAUGUAGUAGAAACAAGGGGUAACUAGCUGGUAUCGAAACACUGAUUUACAAACCAGUAAAUCAGUUCCACAAGAUAUUCAAACUAGUGAAAUGAUUAAGGAACAAAAUGAUGUGGAUAGUCAAGUGUUAUGAACUAUUGUAGAGAAGAAACAGUUCUAAGAUAAAUAGGUCUAAAAUAAACUUGGUGGGAUGGGAUUCAGGUUAGGAAGAUCUGUUUUUUAGGCAACAGAACUGAAUCAUCUGUGCUUUCUUUACCACUGCUGUGUGCUGACAGCCUGCCACCUGAAGUGUUACUGGGCUCUGACUAAUGAAGAUGGGGCAUUGGACAUGCAUUUACCAAGGGAAGAGUGGAGGAAAGUAAAGCUGUGUAUAUACACCUGUGCUUACUUGAUGUUUCGGCUUAAAAUUUUGGAACUACAUUGGAUUAUGCAAAUGUGAAGAUAUCUCAUGGUUUGACAUGAUGAAGAGAGAUGCUUUUUUUUUCAACAAGAAAGGAUUGGUCAAGAUAGUCCGUUCAUCUCUUCGACAUGUGGAAAGUGGUGCUCCUGGGACUAUAUACAAUGUUGGCUGUCAGAGGAUUGGCAAAGGGUGCUCCUUUUGAACCAGAAGAAAAAUGGAAACCUCUAGAUAAUCCUAGAAACAGAGACUUGUUUUUCAGAACACUCCAGGCAUACUUUUUGGGUCGGGGUCUCGAUCUCAGAAACUUCCCAGCUACUUUCACUGUGAACAAUGAAGGACCAAGGCCGGUCAUAUUCUACUCAGAUCCCAUUGCUUCCGCAUUUGCAGAUUAUGAAGAAAGGAAAAAUUCUUUUCCAAACGACUUAAAAGGCUAAAAGAUGCUGCUGAACAAGGUGUUAAGUUUCAUACUUCAGGCCAGGCGUUCACCUCCACAGCAAAGCGCUGCUGCCUUGCCUUCUUCCCUGCUAGCCGGAAGUUUAAACGUCUCCUCUGCUCCAGCUCUCGCCCAGAGGAGACCGCCUCGCUGCCGUUCCCGUUUGCUGUCCGUUGUUGUUACGCGUGGUGCUGGGGGGCAGUGCUGGCUGUGCUUAUGUCCGAAUAAAAGGGGAAUGCCACCUGCCUUGUUCAAAAUAGGUAAAUAAACGUGACCUUUCCGCUU